UUCUGCAUCUUCAAUAUUGCAGCUCACUCGUAAUUUGAUGCAGCAUCUAAGGCACUUUCUGUCACUUAUUCAUGCUUUAAUCUAAAUCCUCUUCUUGUUUCCUCGAUCGCUCCAACUUUAUGUGCAGAAGUGCACCAAAUCCGGAAUUUCUGGAUACUAAGAGAAGUUCGCGGUGUUGAAAGAUUGGGACUUUGUAAGCUUUAGUUAUGAGUCGUCGUUGGAAUUCUCAAGGAAGCGGGCGGGUAAACGACGUGGAUAUUGAGCGGCAAGCUCCCAAGAAUGAUGGUACUGGUUCAGAUAAAAAGACGACAAUAAAAAUGGCAAUUGGGCAGGCCGUCAAUUACCCUUUGAUGAUAAAAAUUAUUUCAAAAAUGAAGGAAAUCAUCUCAAAAAUGCCGUGGUGGUUCCAGUACUUCCAUUGGGAUGUGAUGUUUUUAGUGUUGUGCGUAGUUACAGUAGCAGUGGACCCUUUGUUCUUUUAUCUUCCUGUCAUCAACGAGGCUACCAAAUGCAUUACUAUAGAUACCACUUUGGAAAUCACUGCUAUUUGUGUGCGAUCGUUCCUGGAUUUGGUUGCUUUUGGGAAUUUGGUUGCACGCAGGGAUUACAUGAUGAGUUCAGACUACGUAAUUAACAUUCUCGCCAUUCUUCCAGUUCCUCAGGUUCUAGUGCCACUUAUGUUUUCUGAAAUGAGCGGUUCAAAAUUUCGGAACAUAAGGAGAUUCCUAAAUGUAGUUGUUCUUUCGCAAUAUGUGCCAAGAAUUCUCCGUAUCUACAGAUUGUGGAGGAAAGUCAACGAGACUAUCAUCCUACCCAAAAGUAUCCCCUCAACUACUAGUACUAGUACUGUUAAAGCAGUGAACGCAGAAGGGUACAAGAAUAUGAUGAAGAAUAUCCCACCCAAAGGUUUUAUAGUGAUGAAAGGUGGAUUCAAUCUCUUUCUGUAUCUCGUUGCCAGUCAUGUACUGGGUGCUUUUUGGUACUUCUUCUCCAUCGAACGAGAGACCACGUGCUGGCACGUGGCCUGUGAGCCGCAUCAGACAGAUAUUGGAUGUAUCGAGACUUCUUUCAACUGUGAUGCUGGUUUUGGAAAUCACACAAUUUUAAAUGAUUAUUGCUCUUUAGAAAAAAAAACAAAUACAACUCUCAGCUUUGAUUUUGGGAUAUUCCAAGAUGCCCGUCAAUCUGGUAUACUGGCGUCCAUGGAUUUUCCACGAAAGACCAUGUUUUGUUUUUGGUGGGGCCUGCGAAAUUUGAGUUCACUUGGUCAAAACCUUGAAACAAGUUCUGAUUACUGGGAAAACUGCUUCACAGUUUUAAUCUCGGUCUUUGGCUUGCUUCUGUUUUUAUACUUCAUCGGAAAUUUGCAGGUGUACAUGCAGUGGGAAGCAUCUAAUGAGUUGAAGGAGAUUUUUAACCGAUCGAAGAAAUCUAAGCAGCAUGAUAAGAUAUCUAAGCGGUUGGAGAACUCUAAUUCUAAGCUCAAGUUGGAGACAUAUAAGCGGUACUACUUGACAGAUACGGAUGAGGAGGAUAAGGCAAAGACCAUUAGAACUAAAUUACGUAGCAUCGAGUCUUGGAUAAGCACAAUCGGACUCUCUUACCAGCUAAAACACAUAAUCAAGAGCUAUGUGACACCAUUAAUACUCGAAGAUCAAAAGAAAGAUAUUGAUACAGAGAAUCCAUUCCCUCAUCUUCCCACACCACUUGGAAGAUUGAUUAAACUCCAUCUCUGCUUGCCCCUGCUAAGGACGAUGCCAAUAUUCAAAAAUGAAAGUGAAGAAUUGUUGUAUGAGAUCACUUGUAAGUUUCUCAAGCAAGUGCAGUACAAUCAAAAUAGCUACAUUGUUCGAGAGGGAGAACCACUAGAUGCGAUGAUCUUUGUGGUGAAAGGAAUUGUGUGGAUGUAUACAAGUAAUCAUGACGAUAAAACUGACUGUCUUAAGAAAGGUGACAUAUUCGGAAGAAAUCUUGUAGAAUGGGUGCUGGAAACCCCCGAACUAUCCGACCUUCCCUUAUCGACAAUGACACUCAAAUGUCAUACAAAAGUAGAAGCUUUUUGUCUUAUGGUUGGCGACCUCAAGGAUAUGAUAUCUCAAUACUGGUGGAGAUUUAGUAAGUUCCGCCACAUCACCCAGUCUGACUCGAAACAGUUGAAACAUUUUGCAGCUUCAUCCAUCCAAGCAGCAUGGCGCCGCAAUGCCAUCUUGCAUCCUCAUUAAGCACUUGAAUGAGGUUACCUAUUCUGCCCAUGUAUUUGGCUAAUGCCGCCACCACCGACA